AUGCCGGUUACAGUGGGAGUUCUCGCCCUACAAGGCGCCUUCUUUGAACAUGUCCAGCUGUUGAAAAAGGCCUCCGAGCAGGAGUCCCUGGUUAGAUGGGAGUUUAUUGAAGUCCGCACCCCACAGGAACUCGCGAAGUGUGACGGAUUGGUCUUGCCUGGUGGAGAGAGCACCACCAUGUCCCUAGUGGCAGCCAGAUCGAAUCUGCUGGAGCCAUUGAGAGACUUUGUGAAGGUGCAUCGCAAGCCGGUCUGGGGCACAUGCGCUGGGUUGAUAUUGUUGGCUGAAUCGGCGAACAAGACGAAGAAGGGUGGCCAGGAGCUCAUUGGGGGUCUUGAUGUCCGCGUCAAUCGCAACCAUUUUGGUCGACAGACAGAAAGCUUCCAGGCUCCACUGGAGCUACCAUUUCUGGGUGCAGAUGCAGCACCCUUCCCAACGGUCUUCAUUCGUGCGCCUAUCGUUGAGCGGAUUUUGCCCCACCACAAGGGCAUCCAAACCGAGGAGAUCAAUUUGGAAGAGACAGUCGUUGCACCUUCGCGUCAAGCUAAGGGAGCCGCUGCGGAGGCUGCCACGGCUGAUCACGUCGAGGUGCUGGCCACCUUGUCCCGGCCGGCUUCGGUGAUCGCUACCCAGGGUCGAGACCUUAGUCCCGAAAAGGAACUUGGUGACAUCGUGGCGGUGCGGCAAGGCAAUGUGUUUGGAACCAGCUUCCACCCCGAGCUGACCGGAGAUGCGAGAAUCCAUGCGUGGUGGUUGCGCCAGGUGCAGGCCGCGGUUCUCCGAAGAAACAAGCUGGGACAAUAG